CAGAGGAGGGAGCCCAUCCUCCGCUGUCAUGUUCAGCCCGCAGCCUCGUCCAGCCUCCAGCCUGUGAGUUCCCACAGACAAGUUGUGGUGUGCGCGCUCCUCGUACCUGUCCUAGCGGGGCCUCUCCCUCCCUGUGCCCCGGGCCAUGUAGAGGAGGGACGGACUGACGGACGGACGGACGGACGGAGGAGGGAGCGUCUCCCAUUUCUUCUCUCCUCUGCCACCCAGAUGCGUUCCUUGCUGGACCGUGACAAGAAGAAGAAGAAGAAGCAGAGCUCAGGGCUGGAUGUUGCUUUGGGGCUGGUCCCCCAGCGGCAGCCCAGGAUGUUCAGCUGUGUGUCCUGCUUCUGGGUGCUGCUCUCCGCCUGCCUGGUGGCCGUGUGCAGCUUCAGCUUCCUCUCCCCGGCAUGGAUAGUCACAUCGGCCGAUCAGGACAGGCUGGAGCCGAUCAGCUUUGGGCUGCUGUGGCAUUGCUCGGAGGGCAUGGAGCAAAUCCCGAGCUGCUACACCUUCGGAGGACUGGGCAGGUUCAAUGAUAUCCCUUCCAGCUCCUGGCAGACAAGUGCCGUGCUGUGUUCUGGAGGUUGUGCUCUUCUGGUUAUGAGCUGUCUGCUAGCCAUCGUGACCUUGUUUCUUCCCAGUGGAUUGUGUGAAAGACGGCUGUGUACGCUCGCAGGAUACAUGCAGACAGCAGCAGUGUUCAUCAUGGCCUCCGGUCUUUUGGUGUACCCCUUUGGCCUCAACUCCACUACUGUGAAGAAAUACUGUGAGAACUCGAGUAUAUACUAUGCAGGAGACUGUCAGAUUGGAUGGGGCUACAUGCUUGCCAUCGUUGGGGUCAUGUUAUCUGUGUUUUUGCCAUUUUUCGCUAAAUAUGCACCAAAAGAACACAUAUCUCCAACCCCAAUUCCUACAAUUUUAUAGUAUUUUAUUACUACUGGAAAAAAAAA